AAAGUGCUGAGUGGCGAAACAAAAAUUAACAAUUAAUAAUUAUUGAUUGAAAAAUAGCAAAAAGAAUAAAACGUUGCAGUUUCUACUUCUUAUUUUCACGGCGGCUGCAUAAUUGUACAUUUUUAUAUAAUAAAUAUCGGGCAAAAAAUGGGCAUUCCAGAAACGCCGAAAACAGCAGCAACCACAACAACAACAACGACAGGCACAGAAGCGGCUAAUGAAAGCAAAAACGCUCUGACGUUAUGCACGUUUCAGGAGAUUUUCAAACAUGUAGAGCCGGAAGUGCAAAUCGAGGCGUUCGAGCUAGCGCAAGGCUCUGGCCGCGGCGAUAACUAUACGGCAGCACUGUAUCGCAUCUGCCUAAGUGGGAAACGCCAAGAACUAGAUGGCAGCACUCAUAAGUGGGAGCAGAACGUUAUAUGCAAGGUGUUGCCAGAGAGCGUGGUCCAAAGAGAAGCCUAUAAGAGCGACAAGCUUUUUCGCAACGAGGUGGAAUUCUAUACCACAAUAAUGCCAGAGCUGGUUAAGUUUCAGGCCAGCAAAACGGGCUUGGACGCGCCAUUGUUUAAUUCCAUACCCAAAUGCUAUACAGCGAGGCAUGAUUUGCUAAUAAUGGAGGACCUGCGCGUUCGCGGCUUUGAGAUGUCGGAUCGACACAAGGGCCUCAGCAUGGAGGAGACGCAAUCGGUUCUGCUGCAGGUGGCUCAGCUGCAUGCGCUCAGUUUAGCCUACAAGUUUGAGCAUCCGCUGGAGUUUACAAAAAUGUGCAGCACCAUCAGCGAGGGCAUAUUCUGCACAGCUAAUACCAGCUGGUACAAAAACUAUUACGAACGCCUGACAAAGAACGCUAUUAAAAUGGUAUCCGAUGUGCUGCCCGCGGAUUCAAAGUACAUGCAGGCGAUGCUUAGCUUUGCGGAAAGCUCUUCCUUCUUCGGACAGAUGGUGGAGCUGGCCAGCGCAGAGUCGCCCUUGUCGGCCAUUUGCCAUGGCGAUUGUUGGGUUAACAAUUUUCUGUAUCGCUACGACCCGGAGGAUCGACAACGCGUGUUGGAAGUGGCGCUGAUUGACUUUCAGCUGGUACGCUAUAGUUCCAUAGCAUUGGACAUAGCCAAUCUCCUGUACUGCUGCACCACCAAGCAAAUGCGAGACGCUCAACUGAAGCCGCUGCUCAAAGUUUACACAGAGGAGCUGUACAAAUGGUUGGAAGUGCUGUGCAACGUUUUGCCAGAGCAAUGUAAUACACUGGAAAAGUUGCAGGAACUCUUUGCUCAGGAGCUGAAAACCUAUGGACGAUUUGCCCUUGGACUCGCUAUGGACAUUAUACCCAUAAGUACGUGCUCAUCGGAGGAUGCACCUGAUAUGUAUUUAAAUCGCAAUGAUGACCUCGAUGGGGAUGUAGGCGCGCCCACAUUAAACUUUCCGCCCAACGACUUGUGUCGACAGAAGAUGUCCGAAAUAGUGAUUGACAUGGUCGACAGUGACAUGCUCUAGAGGUUGGCCAGAGCA